AUGUCGAUUAUAAACGAUACCAAUACAUCAUUGAUGAGUUCGAUAUCAACAAAUAAUUUUUUACGUGACUGUAUUGACUUGGCUAUUGAUGGAUUUUUAUUUCGUGGUAUAACACCAUCAGAUCAUUAUUAUCGUUUUUCACAGUCAUUUCCAAAAGCUUUCUCACUUUUACCAUCAUAUUCCAAUCCGAAUGGAUCAACAAUUAUAACCACACCAAAACAAUCUCAUAUUUAUCAUGCAUCAGCAUCAUCAUCAUCAAAGCAUUCAUCUAUACAACAUCAACGUACAAAUAAUGUUCCUCCACUAGAUUUAUCUUCGUUAGGUUCAAAUAUUUUACUUGAACAACAGCCAGUUUCAACAAUUAUGCCAACGGCUAAUACAGGAAUUACUAUUAAACCGAAGAAACCAAUUUAUAGUCCAAAAGAUUCAGUAUCAUCAUCAUCGACCAGUGAUCGUCGACUAGGAAGUUCACGUCGUCCAGGUUCAUCAGGAACCAAAACUCCACUUGUAACAUCGAAUACUCCAAAUACUCCGUUGUCAUCGAAUGAUCAAUCUCCAUCAACACAAAGUGUUAAUCCAAAACGACCUGUAACAGCUCCGAGUCCAUCAUCAGAUAUUUGGAAUUCUCCUCAACAACAGUUAAGUUCACUUGAAAUUGAGGCACGUGAUAUUCAAGAACGUAUGGGAAAAUAUCGUUUAAGACAUGGACGUCCACAUGAUCUUUCACAAAUGACGCCAAAACAAAUUUAUGAUGAGAAAUGUGAUAUGCAACAAGAAUUAUUGAGAUUUGAAAAUAAAUAUUCGAAACCAACAACCAGUGAACAGAAACGUAUUAUGAAACCUCUCUAUGAUUAUUAUCGACAAUUGAAACGCCUUGUUGAAAAGCAGCAACAGACUUGA